GAGAUAGCUUUAAAGUGUAAAGAUAAUUAAUAAACUUAACAACAAAGGUUAGGUGGCUUGAAAAUAUGACAAAGUCAGUAAACCUGAACAGCUCCUUUAAACUGGUAAUGAUUUCGUAACUUAAAAAUUCAUUAGAUUUGAUACCAGGUUAGAACCAUCUAUUAAUUUACAACCCUGUUUCUUGAAACUGAGAAAACACCGUUUUUUUUUUUUUCAAAAAAUAUAUGGCCGUUUUGAAUUUGACGCCAGCAACACGUUUCAAAAAAGUUGGGACGGCACAACAAAAGACUAUAUAAUGCUAAAACAAACACCUGGUUUGACACCUCUUAACUAAUUAGGUUAAUUGGCAACAGGUCAGUAACAAUAUUGGGUAUUAAAAGAGCAUCCCAGACAGGCUAAGUCUUUCAGAAGUAAAGAUGUGAAAGACUUGGUGGGCAAAUUGUGCAACAAUUCAAGAGUAACGUUUCUUAAUGUAAAACAGGGAUCUCAUCAUCUGCGGUUCCACUUUUUUGGAAACGGGGUUGUAUGUUUGAAGGAAUCUUCUAUAAACAAAUUAAAAUCUUUUCAAUGUAAAAUACUUUGUUUAGGAAUAUAUUCCUAGGAAUAAUAGUACUUUGGCUUUUGUGUCUCUGUGAGGCGUGCAACAUUUUCCUUGGGAAGGACGCUGUGACAUUGAUAAGGUCUUCUUUAAGCGUUUAGUGAAGCCUUUGUAUGUGAGGGUAUGUGUGUUUGUGUAUCGUGUUGACCUGUUGUGAUUACUUUUCUCUGUUUUUUAUCCAUUGCUUUUUUGUAUUUUCUUUUUCAUGUUCCUGUAAUCCUCAAACAUCACUCCAAAAUUAAAGUCCUCUUAAAGUGUGCAGAUUAUUUAACCAGUCUUCACAGCUAGUUAGUUGAAGCUGGGUGAAACCUUAGUGGACAUCUUGGCAUUUCAGUAAAUCUGAGCUCUGACAGAGGCUUUAUAAAGGUGAACAAAAGGUGCUGUAAGAAUAUAACUAGUCUAGGAAUAAACAAUGAGAGUUAUAGGUAUAGGACAGAGGUCAGCAACCUUUAGGGUUAAAGGGUGAAUUAGCAGUUAUAGGCUACAUUAACUCCAGCGUUUAAGACCAUUUAUUGUGUUGGAAUGAUCAGCAGAGCUUUAUUUUACUGCAAAGGAGGAUUAUUUUAGUUUUUCCUAAAACUCUAAUUCUGCUGUGGAGCCGCAACAGAGCAGUAAAGCCGCAUGUCGCUGACCCGUGGUAUAGGAUAACUGAGAAUGGAAAUUGACACCUUAACAUAAAUUUUAUUCAAAUUAGCCUUUUAUGAUCAAAGAACAUACAAUUAUUCUGUUAAUUCCUAAUUAUUUUGUCAAAGCACAAACAUUUAUUUAUUCAUUUUUUUAAUUAAGGCAUAUUUAAUGUCAUUUAAUGUGUGUGCCAGGAAGGAGGGCACUUACAUCUCGCACAGACCUUUCUGCUGUCUGUGCCAAGAGCAUAUACACCAAUCUAUCAGUCAGUCAAAAUGAGAAAUAUGUUAGAUAUGUUGAGAUUUAUGAUAAUUUCACUUGCCAAGAGACUUUUUUCCUGAAGAAUUCUUCUUCCGGGUUUUUGGUUUUAGACCCUCCCGAGUGCUGCAUUAGCGCCCACUUCUGGCAGCUGGCUGCAAAUGUUAUGCGUCUAAGCAUCGAUUUUUGUCGAGUAUGAACUGGACCAUAGACUGUACGGUAUGGACCAGUCACAGCGAAAUAAAACAUGAUUGUCUUUUUCUCUAUCUGUGUAUUGAAAUGUCACCUGUAGCUACAAGUGACGUGGUCAGUUGAGGACACACCCAGUUAACCACGCUUUCACUUUCAGAUUUGUAUGGCUGAAGCUAUGGAGUUCAUUAAGUGCCAUAGGAACCGAAUUCCGCGGUUUAGUCUGUAUAAUAUCCACUAAUAACUCAGUAUUUCAGUACAGUAUUUCAGCAGCGGUGUCGACUGUGAUUCAGGCGGCGGAAUAAUCGACUCGAGUAGAUGCACGACUUAACUGCAGUUAUAUAGUGAGCUAUAGAGAGGUCAUGAGCUACAGAUCAGACAGGAACGGAAACGAUUCAUUUUACUUUCACAUUUGUUCUCUUUCCACAGACACAGAGUUUAAAGUAUUUUGUGAAAAAGGAAACCUCGUAACAUUUAUACGCUUUUUAUCAGCGACGUUCGUUGUUUUAUUUAUUAUUUAGGUUUAUCAGCGACGUUGUAUGUUUGACAUUCAUCAUGUUAUUCGAAAAAAGAAUGAAAAUAACGCUCCAAAGAAUUAUUGUGUACAUAUUAGGUGUUCAUAUUAUCCUCACGUAUGGAUGUGGCCCAAGUGAAUAUGAGUCAGCAGCUGGAGAGUGCUGCCCCAUGUGUUCUUUAGGCCAGGUGGUCUAUAGAGACUGCAUUGGUGAUUCCAGUACCACAUGCAAACCUUGCUACAGUGGAACAUUCAUGAAUCAACCCAAUGGUUUUAACAGGUGCUUUCAGUGUAAAACCUGUGAUAAAGAACAAGGCCUUCACAAUCUACAUGCUUGUACCACAAUAAGUAAUACAGUGUGUGGAGUCCUGGAUGGAUAUUACUGCAAAGACAGAGAUGAAAACAAAGAAUGCGCAUUUGCCUUGAAGCACAGACAGUGUGAACCAGGAGAGGAAAUUAAAGUUCCAGGAACUAAAGACUCAGACACUGUGUGUGAGGUGUGCCCCCAUGGGUUUUAUUCUCCACUGGGUAUAAACUGCACUAAAUGGACUGACUGUUCUGUCAAAGAUCAGAUCAAAGACAAAGAAGGCAGUUCUGUAAAAGAUGUUCAGUGCAAAGUGAAAACCAGGCAGAGACACGGCCUCAUAGCAGCUGCAGCUUUCCUAGUUUUAUGCCCAGCAGUUUUAUAUUAUGUUAAUAACAAAUGUUCUGCAGUUAACAACAUAGUUAAUAACACAGUUGUUAACGGCACACCAUUAAAAAGUCCUAUAGAAGAAUCAACAUGAUAUUCAUUCAGUUCACAAGACGAAAACAGGGAAGAAGAUUUCACCUAGCCCUACAGUGGACUACUGAAAAGGUCAUUUAUUCACGCAUGACUUGUGGGCACCGAUACAAACCCAGCGUCAGGCAAAGAGGCUGGACUGAAAAAAUCACCAGAAUUUGUCAUCACAUAUGGAGUCUCUCACCAGCAUCGGCUAGGCAUGAAAAAGCAUUAAUACUGCUGAAAUGUGAUAAACGAUAAAAUGUACUAAUGGGGGAGGGUCUCAGGGCACUGCUGCCGCUCUGUAUAUCUGUGCACUAGCUGCAGCAAAAUAGCACAUCACCAUGGACUAUUAAAAACAAUACUUUUUGUAUAAAGCAACUACUUCUAGCCGAAAAACUUUUUUUAAGAUAAUUUUUAUGCAUUCCAAUUUUUUGAGUCUAUUUUUACAUAUUACAAUAAGGCUUUAAAAAAAAUUCAUGCUACACAUAAAACAAAAUGGUAACACUUUCUAUGAAUGUCACCUUUGUA